ACACAGUUACCUCUGUGACAGUGCGGUGCAGUUCGUUCUGCCCUCCCACCCAAAAAAAAAAAAACAAAAAAAAUUUCCUCUCUUUACCUUCCUCCGUCGUCUUCCCUCCGGUUCUCCGACGAUUUUAUCCCUAUCUUACCCCUCCAUCGUCUCUUCUUAUCCCAAAAACACAAAAAAGGAAGCUUUUUUUUCUAUUUUUUGUUGGAAAGAGAGAGAAGGAUCUAGAAGCUUUGUGUUUUCGUGAUGGCGCAGAUUCAGGUGCAGCAUCAGGCGGCUCCGGUGCCGGGACCAAACGGAGUGGCGGCGGUCCCCGGCGGGAUUCCGUUCAUGCCGACGUCGCUUUAUGUUGGAGAUCUUGAACUUAAUGUGACCGACUCGCAGCUUUACGAUCUGUUUAGCCAGGUGGGUCAGGUGGUUUCUGUUCGGGUCUGUCGGGACUUGGCCACCGGGCGAUCACUGGGAUAUGGUUAUGUUAACUAUAGCAACCCUCAAGAUGCUGCAAGAGCAUUGGAUGUUCUAAACUUCACUCCUCUUAAUAACAAGCCCAUUAGGAUCAUGUACUCUCAUCGGGACCCAAGUCUUCGUAAGAGUGGGACAGGAAAUAUUUUUAUCAAGAACCUCGAUAAGUCUAUUGAUCACAAAGCCUUACAUGAUACAUUUUCGUCAUUUGGCAACAUUCUUUCUUGCAAGGUGGCUACUGAUGCUUCUGGCCAGUCCAGAGGCUAUGGUUUUGUACAAUUUGACAAUGAAGAAUCUGCUCAAAAUGCUAUAGAUAAAUUGAAUGGCAUGCUACUUAAUGAUAAACAAGUUUUUGUUGGACACUUCCUUCGUAAGCAGGAUAGAGAUGGUGCAUUGAAUAAGACAAAAUUUAAUAAUGUCUUCGUGAAAAAUUUAUCUGAAUCAACAACGGAUGAGGAUUUGAAGAAUAUUUUUGGCGAAUAUGGCGCAAUUACUAGUGCUGUAGUUAUGAGAGAUGCAGAUGGGAAAUCAAAGUGUUUUGGAUUUGUCAACUUUGAAAAUGCUGAUGGUGCUGCUAAAGCUGUUGAGUCUCUUAAUGGAAAUAAGUUUGAUGAUAAGGAGUGGUAUGUUGGAAAAGCACAGAAAAAAUCUGAAAGAGAGUUUGAACUGAAGAGUCGGUUUGAGCAAAGCAUGAAGGAAGCUGUAGACAAAUUCCAAGGGGUGAAUUUGUAUAUCAAGAAUGUGGAUGAUAGCAUCAAUGAUGAGAAGCUGAAGGAACUGUUUUCUGACUUUGGAACAAUUACUUCAUGCAAGGUUAUGCGUGAUCCCAGUGGAAUUAGCAGAGGUUCUGGUUUUGUUGCCUUUUCAACUCCUGAGGAAGCAUCUCGAGCUCUUUCUGAGAUGAAUGGCAAAAUGGUGGUUAGCAAGCCACUGUAUGUUGCACUUGCGCAACGGAAGGAAGAGAGAAGGGCGAGACUUCAGGCUCAGUUUUCACAGAUGAGGCCAGUUGCCAUGACACCUUCAGUUGCUCCUCGUAUGCCAAUAUAUUCUCCAGGUGCUCCAGGCUUAGGUCAGCAAUUUUUAUAUGGGCAAGCACCUCCAGGCAUAAUUCCUCCCCAGGCUGGUUUUGGAUAUCAGCAACAACUUGUUCCUGGAAUGAGGCCAGGAGGUGCUCCUAUGCCAAAUUUCUUUGUACCGCUAGUUCAGCAGGGUCAGCAGGGCCAGCGCCCUGGAGGGCGACGUGGAGUAGGUCACAUGCAACAGACCCAGCAACCUGUCCCUCUGAUGCAUCAGCAGAUGCUUCCUAGGGGACGUGUCUAUCGAUACCCACCCGGUCGCAACAUGCCAGAUGUUCCAAUGGCAGUUCCUGCUGGAGGUAUGCUGUCUGCUCCCUAUGAUAUGGGUGGCAUGCCAAUUAGAGAUGCUGCUGCAGGACAGCCUAUGCCCAUUACUGCUUUGGCUACAGCCCUUGCGAAUGCUACCCUUGAACAGCAAAGGACGCUACUGGGUGAAAGUCUCUACCCUUUAGUGGAUCAGUUGGAGCAUGAUUCAGCAGCCAAGGUUACAGGCAUGCUUUUGGAGAUGGAUCAGACUGAGGUUUUACACCUGCUUGAAUCACCGGAGGCUUUAAAGGCUAAAGUAGCAGAGGCCAUGGAGGUGCUAAGGAGUGUUGCUGCUCAGCAGCAGGCAACAAACCCUGUUGAUCAGCUUGCCUCACUAUCCCUGAAUGAUGGUCUCAUCUCAUGAAGUAUGUUUUUGGUGAAUUAAACAGGUUCAUCAAGUGGGUUUUGUUGCAGUUUUUAAAACUAGUUUUAUUGGCUAAGCAGAUGAAAAUUUGAUUCUAUGCCAGAUUUAUAUAUGGGCUUAAGUAGGUUGUUGGGACUUGUUUUUUUGCUUCAUUAUUGGUCUGGGCAGGAUUCUAAAUAUUUUGUGGAACGAGAUACAUUUUGUUUGAGGAAAUGGUCAUGUUGACUGAUUUGCACAGAUUUUUAUAAUAAUGUGGCACAUUUGGUUUGUCCUA